CCUGUGAUGACUGAAUAAAGUAAACAUGAAAGUUUUGCAUUCUUUGAUUUAUGUUUUGAAAUUGUGAAAACACAAUAGAAUAAUCAUGUAAUCACAGUGAUGGCAACGACUAAUGAAUUUGGACCUGACUCUGGUGGCAGAGUGAAGGGAGUUACAAUAGUGAAACCAAUAGUGUAUGGUAAUGUAGCUCGAUAUUUUGGUAAGAAAAGGGAAGAGGAUGGUCACACUCAUCAAUGGACAGUUUAUGUUAAACCAUAUCAUAAUGAAGACAUGUCCACAUAUGUAAAAAAGGUUCACUUCAAGUUACACGAAAGUUAUAACAAUCCAAAUCGUAUUAUGACAAAACCACCUUAUGAACUUACAGAGACUGGUUGGGGUGAAUUUGAAAUUGUUAUUAAAAUAUAUUUCCAUGAUCCAAAUGAACGUCCUGUAACUAUAUAUCACAUAUUAAAAUUGUUCCAAACAACACCCGAAAUACAGUUAGGAAAGAAGAGCUUGGUAUCUGAAUUUUAUGAGGAAAUAGUUUUUCAAGAUCCAACAGCAUUGAUGCAACAUCUACUAAAUUCUAGUAGGCCUAUAACUCUGGGUGUAUGGCGUCAUAAUACAGAUUUUGAAGCAAAAAAGGAAUCUACGAUGAAGGCAAUAAUGGAAGCACGAAAUAAAAUUAGACUGGAGGUAAUUGACCUUAAGGAAAAAGUAACAUUAGCAAAAGAAACAAUUGCUAAGUUUAAGGAAGAAAUUGCUAAGAUCUCUAAAGCUGGUGGAAGUUUGUCUGUUACAUAACUGCAAUGUCGAACCAUCUAUUGAAACCACUGUAUAAAAUACUAUUCUAAAACCUACAAAACUUUGUAUAAUUGAUAAGAUGUAUAUAGUUCUGAUAUGAUUGUGAAUUCAUAAUAAAACAGUUUAAAGUAAA